AUGAUGACCAUUCCGUUAUCACUGUUUAUCCCACCGCCCAUAUUACUGGCACACUUGCAAUUUGGCCGCAUAUACCAGAUAUGGCUGCACACAGGUGUGGUGCCCGGGUUAGGGCGACUCGAGUACCUGAUCAACACUCCCCGUCAGCAUCGGACACAUCACACAUCGGCAAUUAGCUCCGGACAGUCCGGCAAUUACGGCGGUUUACUUAUGAUAUGGGACCUCUAUUGGCGAGUGAAUUAUUGUGCGAUUCACGGCAUUGUAGUAGCAAUAGGCCUGUAUGUGGUCGCCGAUCACCCACUCGUCCGGUACUUCCCGGAAAACUCUGUGCCAUUACUUAUUGGUGUGUUGUUUACGUUAAUUUCAAUCGGAAUAAUAUUUGAUCAAAGCUCUAUUGCACCGUUGGUUGAGAUGGUCCGGUGCCUACUCUACUACCCGUUUGAUAAAUAUUAUGUUAGCCGAUGGGUAGAGACGUCAAUGCCGGGCCAUUUAAUACCGGUUACCGAAGGGUACGGUCAGAGUUACCAUACGCUGUUACCAAAAGUUACUGAUAACAGUAGCCGACAGUCAAAUCGACGAUUAUUAUACAUAGUGUUGGCAUUUAGUGCGUGGUUAAUAAUGAUCAUAGUAUACACACUAAGGCUCAGGACUAUUGGUGGCGAUCUCAAGAUAAUGGCUAUACCGUUGUCAUUGAUUAUCCCACCGCCCAUAUUACUGGCACACAUGCAAUUUGGCCGCAUAUAUCAGAUAUGGCUGCACACAGGUUUGGUGCCUGGGUUAGGGCGACUCGAGUACCUGAUUAACACUCCUCUUCAGCAUCGGGCACAUCACCGGUCAAUUAGCUCCGGACAGUCAGGCAAUUACGGCGGUUUACUUAUGAUAUGGGACCGUAUGUUUGGCACUUACAUACAUACCAUUACACGCGAUGUCAAUGGCAUUACCUGCUCCGGAAUCACAUACAAUGUUAUAGCACUUCAGUGUAGUUAUUUUUAUAAGGUGUUAUGUCCUAAGUUGACCAUGGUAAGUGGCGUGCCUAAUAAUAUCAAGACCCUUUUAAGAAAACCUGAGUUUGUGCAAGGAAUAACCAAAAUAAGCUUAUUUAUAGAUAAACAUGAAAUCGAUGACAAAUAUGACCCGUCUAUAGCCUAUUGGCGACUGAAUUAUUGCGCGAUUCACGGCUUUGUAGUAACAAUAGGUGUCUAUGCGGUCGCCGAUCACCCACUCGUCCGUCCUAUCGCACCGUUGGUUGAGAUGGUUCGGUGCUUACUAUACUUCCCGUUUGAUAAAUAUUAUGUUAGCCGAUGGGUGGAGACAUCAAUGUUGGGCUACUUAACACCGUUCAUUGAAGGGUACGGUCAGAGUUACCAUACGCUGUUACCAAAAGUUACUGAUAAGAGUAACCGACAGUCCAAUCGCCAAUUAUUAUACAUAGUGUUGGCGUUUAGCGCCUGGUUAAUAAUGAUGAUAGCAUACACGCUCACGACUCCAAUUAUGGAUUCAUUUCCCGAUUUCGGCGCCGGCUUUGAAGAGACAGCACUGGUGUUGCCUUAUAUCCCAUCCCUUAUAUUAUUUGUCACAUCACUGUAUGAAUGGCACAAUCGGUCGCCAGAAGUGAUCACAUCCAGGGGUUCAUCACAUCCCACGACAUGGACUCUACUCUCUAUCACUAAAAUUAAUUCUAGUCCCGAGAAUCAAUCAUCAUUUUUAUCUCAACUGACAUUUUCAUGGUUUACACCAAUGAUAAUGAAUGGCUAUCGGAAACCAUUGACCACUGAAGACAUGUGGUCGCUGUCCACACAGAAUCGGACCAAUGUUUUCAUCAAACAAUUCAAUAAACACUGGAAACCAAUACAACAAAACAGUGCCAAACAUGCGAUUAAUAUAUUCCCGGUUAUACUGAAGACCUAUUGGCCAACACUAGUAAUCAUUGGGUUUAUUAAAUUAGUGAUAAGUUUACUGACAUUUACUCAACCCCUGCUACUCGACCGACUCAUCACAUUUAUCACAUCUCAGGCCACCACCGAUACGGGCGAACCCGUGUGGAGGGGUUAUAUGUACGCCGGGCUUAUGUUUGUGUCGCCGGUGUUGGGAUCAGUGUUGAGUGUCAAAUACAAGUACAUCGAGAAUGUAAUGAUAAUGAAAAUCAAAGCAUGUGUCACGUCAGCAAUUUACGACAAGUCCCUACGGCUGUCCAGCGCCGGUCGCAAUAGUCACACAAUUGGUGACCUCGUGAGCCUCGUGGGCAUUGAUAUGUAUUAUUUGGCCUCAUUUAUCAUGUACUUUAAUAACCUAUGGCUGUCGCCAACGACCGUGAUAAUCGCCACGUGGUUAUUGUGGGCUCAGUUGGGCGCCGCCACUCUGGCCGGUGUGGCUGUUAUGAUACUAUUGGUACCAAUUAAUUCAGUUGUGAUGACCCGUGAGAACAAAUUGUGGCGUAAAAUAAUUGAAUUAACCGCCAGUAGAGUGUCGGUCGUCGCGGAGAUGAUCAAUAACAUGAAGGUCUUAAAACUGUACGCCUGGGAACCGGCGUUCAUAAAACGGGUAUCUGAGCGCAGGGCCAGCGAGUGCCGUGAGGUGAUCAAUGUAAUGGUGGUCGGGGUUAUUAAGAAUGCCAUUACCACAGCCUCACCAUAUCUGUGUAAAGUUUCUGUUAAGAGAAUGAAUAAGUAUUUAAAAGCUAAUGAAGUGAAUGAGAGUUUCGUUGACCACAAACCCAAUCAAAGGACUCCUAUUAUUGUUAAAAAUGCUUCGUUUAAAUGGGAUAACAAUUGCGACGAUUCUGUGCUCAAGAAUAUCAAUAUAGAGAUAGAGAGUCAGUCAUUGGUGGCAGUUGUGGGUCGUGUGGGCGCCGGCAAGUCGUCCCUAUUAUCG